ACUGUAGAAAUAUGACGAGUUUUCAAAACCAAACAGUUCGAGUAUCUUAGUCGUGGCGUGCGUUUGUUUAACAAAAAACCUAAGCGAAUAAAAAAAUUUACAAGCACAAAUUGCUUUUUUCAACUAAAAAAGUAAAGAAAAAUAUUUAUCUUAAAGAAAAAGAAAUAAAUAUAAAUUAACAACAAAAGAAAAAAGUUUUUUACCAAGAAUUUGUGUGGAAAAAUUAAAGAAAAUACAAAUUAAAGAAAAAUACCUUAAAAAAGAAGAAAAAUAUAUUAACGAACGAACCCAAAACGAAAACAACUUUCUUUCACAAAUUAUUACAACAAGAAAAAAAAGAGAAAAAUCCAACAACAAAAUCAACAAGAUAAUUGGAAUAUACAACUAAAACAACAACAAUACAUACAACUCUUUGAACUUUGUGAAAAUAACAACAAAAUUAAGCAUUUAUUUAAAAUUGAAAAACAACAAUAAUUUAGCAACUACACAACAACAACCACAUCUAGACAACAUCUUGAAAACGACUAAAAUAUUAUUUAAAAUCUUCAAAAAUUUUUACUACAUGAACUGCAUAGAAAAACCAGAAUAAAACAUUUAUAAUCUUAAAUUUAAUUUAAUAAAAUUACAAAAUUUUAAUUGUAUUAACAACUUAAAGGAGUAUUAAACAGAGAAGUAAUCAAAAUGCCGGCGGAAACUAAAACAGCAGCCGCCGCAGAAACGGAAACCCCCACAAAGGGUAAAAAAUCACCCGUCAAUAAUUCGAAGGCGGCUUUGGCUCGUAUUACCUUAUUGGAUGGUUCCAUUUUGGAUGUAACCAUUGAUCGCAAAGCCAAGGGCCGUGAUUUACUAAAUUCCAUUUGUGCUGGUCUUAAUAUCUUGGAGAAAGACUAUUUUGGUCUCACCUAUGAAACACCCACAGAUCCUAGAAAUUGGUUGGAUUUGGAGAAACCAGUAUCAAAAUUUUUCCGUACUGAUCCCUGGACUUUGAAUUUUGCUGUGAAGUUUUAUCCUCCUGAGCCUUCGCAAUUGCAAGAGGACAUCACCCGUUAUCAUUUGUGUCUACAAGUACGCAAUGAUAUAUUGGAGGGCCGUUUGCCCUGUACUUUCGUUACCCAUGCUUUGUUGGGCUCGUAUUUGGUGCAAUCUGAAAUGGGCGAUUAUGAUCCCAAGGAUAUGCCCAAUCGUAAUUAUUUGAAGGAUUUCAAAAUUGCUCCCAAUCAGAGUACCGAAUUGGAGGAUAAAGUUAUGGAUUUACAUAAGACACACAAGGGCCAAUCACCAGCCGAAGCUGAAUUACAUUAUUUGGAAAAUGCCAAGAAAUUGGCCAUGUAUGGUGUGGAUUUACAUCCCGCAAAGGAUUCCGAAGGCGUAGACAUCAUGUUGGGCGUUUGUGCCUCCGGUUUAUUGGUGUACAGAGACAAAUUACGCAUCAAUCGUUUUGCUUGGCCCAAAAUCUUGAAAAUCUCCUAUAAGCGUCAUCAUUUCUAUAUCAAAAUACGUCCCGGUGAGUUUGAACAGCAUGAGGUGACCAUUGGCUUUAAGUUAGCCAAUCAUAGAGCAGCGAAAAAGCUUUGGAAGUCAUGUGUCGAACAUCAUACCUUCUUCCGUUUGAUGACACCUGAACCACCAAACAAAUCUACACUAUUUCCACGUUUUGGUUCGAAAUACCGUUACUCGGGACGUACCAUGUAUGAGAGUCGCAAGAAUCCGGUAGAUCGUGAGGCUCCUAAAUUCGAUAGAAGUUUGUCAGGCAGACGUUUGACUUCUAGGUCUAUGGAUGCCUUGGCCUUAGCCGAAAAGGAAAAGGAUUCACAGAAACGUCAUACCAUGGGUCAUCCUCCUGAGCAUAUACCCGAUUUGGAUUCACCACGCAGUCGCAGUCCUUUGAAAAAGGAUAAGAAGGAUAAGGCUGAAAAGGAUAAGAAACAAAAGGAAAAGGAGGAGAAGGAACGCAAAGAAAAGGAAAAGAAAGAAAAGGAGAAGAAAGAAAAAGAAGCCAAGGAAAAGGCUGCUAAAGACAAGGCUGCCGGUGGCAUGAAUGGUAACGAUGAUUUGAAUGAUUCACAAAAAUCGGAUAAAUCUGGCAGACGUGGAGUUGGUUUAUUCUCUUCGGGUCGCAAGAGCAAGAGUGGUUCACCAUCUAAGGAUGCUAAGGAUAAGAAAAAAUCCGAUAGACCUAAUGAACUCGAGUUGGUGGCUGCUGGUACUGGUGAUCACAAUAAUGCCAGUGCUCCCGGUCACACUAAACCCUACGAGUACACAGAUGCUGAUGGUGACACUAGUCCCACGCGCAAAUCUUACAUUCCAGGCGGUUUCCGUUAUGAUCAAGAUCCUGAUGGCAGCAAACGUGGCCAGGAUGGUCAAGAACAAUUGUCGCCUGGUUCGCAACAAAAGAAAAUUGGUUUGGCUUUCAAUUAUGCUCCCGGCAAUGAAGAGGAUUUGAAGAAACAAGCCGAAAAACUUAAAUCGGGUCAAUUGUCACCACGUACCCGUGAUAAACUUAACAAGGGUCAAUUGUCGCCCCGAACAAAGGCGAAAUUAUUAAAGGAAGCCAAUCUUUCGCCCGCUACCAAAGCCAAGUUGCAAGGCAGUGCUGUAGAUGCUGCUGCCAUUCCUUUAAGUGAUGCCCAAAAGAGAUCCUAUUCUCCCUCUAAGAGUCCCACACAAGGUUAUGCUUCUGGUGCUCCUGGCAGCUAUAAACCUUUGGUGGAUCCCACCUCAGCAUUUUUGGAUUCCGAAAGAUAUAACAAGGAGCCCGCCUAUACUGGUUUGGUGAAACCUAAAAAUCAAGUUAAAGUAAUGGUCAUUACCGGUAAAAUUGAUCCCAAAACCAAGAAAAUCGAUGCUGAAAAUGGUUUUGUUGAACACUCGGCUGGCACUUUGGAUGCUGCUACUGGUUUAAUUGAUACCAAAUAUGGUUUAAUUGAUCCCAAAAAGGGUACUUUGACUGUGACAAACUCCAGCUCGGGCAAAAAGGAAACCCACAAAGGUGACAUAGAUCCUCAAACUGGCAAUAUACAUUUGUUGCAUGGCGUAGUGGAUCCCAGAACUGGUAUGGCCGACAAUACAUUGGGACAAAUUAUUGCCUUUGCUCCUCAAGUGGUUAAGAUUACCGCCAUCACCUCUAAAUAUGAUCCUCAAACACGUAAAAUUGAUGUUGAAAAUGGUUUUGUUGAUCAUUCAACCGGCACCUUGGAUCCUGCUACUGGUUUAAUUGAUUCCAAAUAUGGUUUAAUUGAUCCCAAGAAGGGUACUUUGGUGGCAGUUAAUCCUAAGUCGGGCAAAAAGGAAACCCAUCAAGGUGAGGUUGAUUCCCAAACUGGCAAUAUCCAUUUGUUAAGUGGUGUUGUUGAUCCUAAAACCGGUCAGGUCGAUAACUCUUUGGGUCAGAUUCUAGCCAUUACUCCUUUGGAAGAUUCACCCAAAAAGGUUAAUGUUAAGCUUACCGUUACCACAGCCAAGUUUGAUCCUAAAUCGAAGAAAAUUGAUGCUGCCCAUGGCAAGGUGGAUCAUUCUACUGGCAGCUUAGAUCCUGCUACUGGUUUAAUUGACUCCAAAUAUGGUUUGAUUGAUCCUAAAAAGGCUACUUUGGUGGCUUUGAAUCCCAAGAAUGGUAAAAAGGAAACCUAUCAAGGUGAAAUUGAUCCUUUGACAGGUGACAUACAUUUGAUUAAUGGUGUGGCUGAUCCUAAAACUGGUCGUUUGGACAAUUCUUUGGGACAAAUUAUUGCCGUUUCGCCCAGUGGUGAACCGGUUAAGGUUACUGUCAUUACUUCCCGCAUUGAUCCCAGAACUAAUACCAUCGAUGCUGAUCAUGGUUCUGUAGAUCAAUCUACUGGUACCUACGAUCCCUCUACCGGUGUUGUUGACUCCAAAUAUGGUUUGCUUGAUUUUAAGAAUGGCACUGUUUCAACUCUCAAUCCCUUGACCGGCAAACAGGAAACAUAUCAAGGAGAAUAUGAUCCCAGAACUGGUCAUAUUAAUCUAUUGAAUGGUGUCACCGAUCCCAAGACUGGUCGUGUAGAUAACUCUUUGGGUCAAAUAUUUGCCUUUGCUCCUUUGAAUGAUCCCAAAAAGAAACGUGUUAAGAUUUCGGUCAUUACCUCGAAAUUCGAUCCCACAACUAAGAGAAUUGAUGCCGAAAAUGGUUCUAUGGAUCUUACUACUGGAGUUUAUGAUCCUGCUACCGGUUUAGUAGAAUCUAAAUAUGGCAUGAUUGAUCCCAUUAAGGGCACUUUGGUGGCUGUUAAUCCCAAAACUGGUAAAAUGGAAUUGUAUCAAGGUGAUAUUGAUCCUGUAAAUGGCAAUAUACAUUUGGUGAAUGGUGUCACCGAUCCCAGAACUGGACGUUUCGACAAUAGUUUGGGUCAAAUAAUCGCUGUAACACCUUUGGAUGAUUCAGAUGUUCCCUUAGCUGGUCCCAGAAAGAAGAAUGUUAAAAUUACUAUUGUAACCUCUAAAAUUGAUCCCAAAACUAAGCGUGUGGAUGUUGAAAAUGGUUCUGUAGAUCAAACCACCGGCACUUUAGAUCCUAUUACUGGACUUGUUGAUACUAAAUUCGGUGUUAUUGAUCCUAAAAAGGGUACUCUGUUGGCUGUUAAUCCCAAGACUGGCAAAAAGGAAACCGUUCAAGGCAAUGUUGAUCCUAAAACUGGUUAUCUACAUUUAUUGCAUGGUGUUACCGAUCCUAGAACUGGUCGUUUGGACAAUUCACUGGGACAAGUUAUUGCUGUGUCACCACAAGAGGAAGCUGUCAAGCUUACCGUUGUUACUGCCCGUGUUGACCCCAAGACCAAGAGAAUUGAAGCCGACAAAGGUACUGUGGACAACUCCACGGGUAUUUUUGAUCCUGCUACCGGCUUAGUGGAUACUAAAUAUGGUUUAAUUGAUCCCAAAAAUGGUACUUUAUUGGCUUUGAAUCCUCAGACAGGCAAGAAAGAGGUUCACCAUGGUGUGGUAGAUCCCGCCACUGGCAACAUUAACUUCUUGAAUGGUGCCACUGAUCCUAAGACUGGCCGUUUUGACAAAUCCCUGGGACAAGUUAUGGCUAUUAGCACUCAGGAUGAUCCCAAGAAAAAACGUGUUAAGAUUACCAUCAUCACUUCCAAAAUGGAUCCCAAAUCUAAGAAAAUUGAUGCUGAUAAUGGCAGCUUGGAUAUCACUACUGGUAUAUUGGAUCCCGCUACCGGUCUGGUAGAUACUAAAUAUGGUUUAAUAGAUCCUAAAAAGGGUACAUUGGUGGCUUUCAAUCCCAGCACUGGUAAACAUGAAAGUGUUAAUGGCAAUGUUGAUCCCAAGACGGGACACAUACAUUUGGUAAGCGUAGUCGAUCCCAAGACUGGUCGUACUGAUGGUUCUUUGGGACAAAUCAUUACUGUUACUCCUCAAGAUGAUGAUAUUUUAGAAUUAGCUGCAGGCAAGGCAGUUUCAUCCACUGAUUCUACACCCACUAAAGAAGGUCGUUCUUCGACCGCCUCUCCUCAAUCGGUGGGCAAAUCUUCUAUUCCUCCACCCACACCCACUAGAACUGCAGCUUCCGGAGUUGGUGCUGCCGCCCCAGCUGCUGGUAAGCCCAAAAAGAAACGUGUUAAGAUCAUGGUAAUCACCUCUAGAUUUGAUCCCGCCACCAAGAGAAUUGAUACCGAAAAUGGUCAAGUUGAACAUUCCACUGGCAUUUUAGAUCCUGCUACUGGUCUUAUUGACACUAAAUAUGGUUUGAUUGAUCCUAAGAAGGGUACUCUAGUGGCCUUGAAUACCAAGACUGGCAACAAUGAAACCUAUCACGGUGAAGUUGAUCCCAAGACGGGACAUAUACAACUGGUUACUGGUGUUACUGAUCCCGCUACAGGUCGUGUAGAUGAAUCUUUGGGUCUGGUUAUGGCCAUUACUCCUCAGGAAGAUCCUGUGGUAGAAUUGACUGUGAUCAGCAGCCGCAUCGAUCCUGCCACUGGCAAAAUCGACACAGUUAAUGGCGAUGUUGAAAGAUCAUUGGGUGUUUUGAAUAUGGACUCUGGCUUGUUGGAUACCAAAUAUGGUGAAAUCAAUACCAGAACUGGUGAACUGAAAUCUAUUGAUCCCAAGAGUGGUAAAAUUGUUGUAACCAAGAAUGUCAAGGUUGAUCCAGCUACUGGACAACUUACUAUUAUGGGUGUUAUUGAUCCUAAGACAGGCAAAGUAGAUCCCAAUCAAGGACGUCUUAUUGAAGUGGGCCAACAGAUUGAUCCCAUUGUAGAGGUUACCUCAUUGGCGGGUAAAUAUGACUCUAAGAAGAACAUCAUUGAUCCUAAGACUGCUCAAGUGGAGACUUCUGGUGGUCAAUUUGAUCCCAGAGCUGGCAAGAUUGAUACCAAGUAUGGACAGAUUGAUUUAGUUAAACACACCAUUACCUUUACCGAUCCCAAGUCAGGCAAAUCUGUUACACGUGACAUCAAAAUCGAUCCUGCCACUGGACAAAUUGUACUCAAGAACCAAAUUAAUCCCAAAAACAAUAAACCAGACAAAGACUAUGCCCGCAUUAUAUCUCUGCGCAUUGUACAGCAACGUGUGGAUCCCAAGACCAAGGCACCUAUUAGUCAAGUCAGCUCGGCUAAGGAUAAGGAAAUUGUUAUCGAUCCCAAAUCCAAUCAAAUUUGGAUGCCUACCGGUGCUGUUGAUCCCGCCACCAAGGAACAACAAUACAUAUCCAGUGCUGUUGAUCCUAAGACUGGCUAUGUCAUCACCAUCUAUGGUUAUCUUAAUCCCAAGACCAACGAAAUCAAAAAACAAACCAAACUUGAUCCCAACACCACUAAGAUUGAACCUUCUUCUGGUAAGAUUUACACAGCUACUGGCGAUUUAGAUGCCGCCACUGGUGAACCACUCUAUGCUACCACACAAGUUGAUAAUGAAUCUGGUGAAGUUUACACAAAAUUGGCACGCGUUGAUCCUAAGACAGGCAAACUGAUUAUUGUCAGAAUCUUGCUUAUCUCUAAGGUCGACGAAAGAGGCCGUCCCGAAGAAGUCGAUCCACAAACAUGCGAAAUCGAUCCUGUCUCGGGCCGUGUCUUGAAAUUCUUUAAUAAAACCGUUUAUGUAUACAAUAUGAUUGAUCCCAUUACCGGUGAAAUUGUACAGGUGGACCCCAACGAUCCGCGGUUUGCUGGUGCCCGCACUACCGUUACCCAUACCAUGACGUUGACGGGAGAAAUUGAUCCCGUUACCGGACGCAUUAAGAGCGAAUAUGGUGAUAUUGAUCCCAAUACUGGUGACAUUGAUCCGGCCACCGCUAUUAAGGAUCCCGUUACUGGUAAAUUGAUUUUGAAUUAUGCCCAAAUCGAUCCAUCACACUUUGGCAAACAGGCCCAAGUUAGCACUACUACCGAAACUGUACCUAUAACUAGACAACAAUUCUUUGAUGGUGUUAAACACAUGGGCAAGAAUGCCUUAAGACGUGAUUCAGAGGCUAGUUCCGAAGAUGAUAUGACUCACGAAUACGAAACGGAAAAUGUUAAGGAAAUGGUUAUAGGCAGUCCGAAGAAGAGUACCACACAAAAUAUGAGCACAUUUGUGGGCACACCCACGGUGGUGAAAACAACAACCAAACAAGUAUUGACCAAGAAUGAUGAUGGUGUAACACAUAAUGUCGAGGAAGAAGUACGCAAUUUGGGUACCGGUGAGGUGACCUAUUCUACACAGGAACACAAGGCUGAUGCUCCAGCCGUCGAUUUGACCAGUGGUGCUUAUGUUACUGCCACCGCAGUAACAACACGUACAGCUACCACACACGAAGAUUUGGGUAAAAAAGCCAAAACCGAACAAUUGGAAGAGAAAACCGUGGCCACAACACGAACCCAUGAUCCCAAUAAACAAGAGCAACGUGUUGUGACCCAAGAAGUUAAGACCACAGCAACGGUAACCAGUGGAGAUCAGUUCCAAAGACGUGACAGUAUUUCCUCCACAAGUUCUGGAGAUUCUGGUACACCCAUCGAUGGUCCUUAUGAUGGAUCCACUGCUAUAUAUAAUACCACCUCAUAUAAGGAAUCUCCUUUGUAUCAAACAUCUGCCUCUACAUCAGCUACCACCACCGGCCCUCGUAUUGAACAAACCCGCGUUAUUUUAGGUGAAAAUUCGCCCGGCUAUACGGCCGAAGGUGAAAUUGUUUCCAGCCAAACCGUUAGCAGCAAAACACGUACAGUCGAAACCAUUACCUACAAAACCGAACGUGAUGGCAUUGUUGAAACCCGUGUGGAACAAAAGAUUACCAUACAAUCUGAUGGAGAUCCAAUUGAUCAUGAUCGGGCUUUAGCUGAGGCAAUACAGGAGGCAACAGCUAUGAAUCCAGACAUGACAGUGGAAAAGAUUGAAAUACAACAACAAACCCAAUAAAUCGUCUAAAUAAGGGAUUUGAUAAACAUUAAUUUUUUCAUAGAUUUUUUUUUGGUAAAACAAAAUAUAAAAAAAAAAUUCUAAACGAGCACAGAAUGCACAGUAAAAUUAUUUAAGUAAAAGAUAAAAAUAUUUAAAUUUAAUUAAAACAAAAUAUAUAUAUAUAGAAUAAAACACCCGAAACCACGCCCUCUAUUUCCUACUCCACACACACCACACAAUAAUUAUACACCUAAGUCCCACACACAAUAAGAAUACUUGAAUAUAUAUAUAUAAAUGAUGAAAUAUAUUAUAUGACAAUUUAUGUUUUUAUUUAAUUAAUUAUACUACUUUUUUAUUAAUUUUUUUUUAUAAUUAUAAUUAAAUUUAAGCUUAUAAAUGUUGAAAGUAAAUAAAAAAAAUCUACAAUUUUAAUGUUGUUUAUAAUACAAUUAAUAUUAAUAAUUCUCUUUUUUUAUAUGUUUAUAUUUAUAAUUUUUAUGUUAAAAAUAUUUAAAACAACAAAUACAAAACCAACCGAAUAUAUUUGCAAAACAAAAUAUUUAUAAAUAUUUAAUUAAAUAAAAGAAAUAAUUAAAGAAAAAUAUACAUUCACAAUACUAUUUACCUAAAUAAAUAAAAAAAAUAUUUAAAGUUAAUGAAAAAAGAAAAUAAAUUUAAAAAUUUUAUGUAUUUUGACAAAUCAAGCUGAAAUUAUAAAUGUAACUUCUGCAUAACAUUUUAUUUUUUAUUAUUAUUAUUAUUUUUUUAAAUGUUUAUAUUCUCUAUUUUAUUUUUUUUUUGUAUAUUACGAUUAAAAACAACAACAAAAACAAAAUAAAUAUAUAUUUAAACAAAAAACAAACAAAUUAAAUAAUACAAAUUAAUACAGUCAGGGAUAGUUAAAUAGUUACAAGUUAAUCGGUGGUGAAACGAUCUGUGGCAAUCUUUAGCAAUUAGUUAGGUUAGGUUAACCUAACCUAGUUUUCUAUAAUACUGUAUAAUUUGAAAUAUUAUUUUAUACUUAUACUUUCUGAGAGCAGACAAAUCAAUUGAUUACUUUAUAUAACACAAGUAAACUGCCCUGAAAUCAAUUGAAAUUCGAAGUUUUUAAACUCCGAUCAGUAAGUUCAAAUUUCAAUUCAAAUACUUAAGAGACCGAUUCAACAUCAAGAUAAAAACAAAGUAUUACAAUCCAUAAAUCCGUAUCCAUUCGCAUCAACAUUUGAACAUCCUGAACGUAAAAUUAGAUAAAUAAUUACUGUAAAACUUGAUUCACGAUCGAAGAUCUUUCUAGUAACGAUUUUCUUAAGAUUAGUUACUUUUAAUAUCGUAAAUAGUUCAUUUUAAUAUCGAAUUUGGACACUUAGCUGUCCUAAGUAAUAGUUCGAGUUAUACGCUGUUAAGUAUAACACAAGGGACCCCUAUAUAGGCUUCUUGAGUUGACCACCUCUAUAACAUAACCUAACAAUAGAUUUUCGAAAUUUUAGAAUAACGUUUUCUAAAAGAUAACGAAAGCGUAAUUGAUCUUAUAAGAUUUUAACAUGUAGAAAGUCGACUGAGAAUGUUAUCAAGUUUGUUGUAGUAUAUAAAUAUUUUAAGAAGUUAUUUUCCAAAAUUUCGAAGAUUUAAAAGGUUUCAAAUCUAUCAUAGAGCAAUUAGUUGAAGAUAAACAUUUCAAUUUUUUAUAUGUGUUUGCUUUUUUAGGGAAAAGCUUCCCCCAAUACAUCUAUUAUUGACUUGACUAUCUUUGGGCUCUUAAUCGCUUCAUACCCUAGAAAGAUCCAAUUAUCAAUAACUUCUAUGUGUAGGAGAAAACUUGAAUUAAAUAUAGCCUACCACUGACUUGACGAUCUCUGAGCUAUUCAAAAUCGAGUCGUACUCAACAAAAUUACUGUUAAUACUCUUUGUAAUCUAGUGGAAUGCUGCUGUCAAAACGGAGUCCUUUGGACUCUACUUGAUUGUUCGCGCGCUGUGAACUACCACGAUAACCAACCGACCUUUGAAAUCUAGAUUUUGAAGAUAUUCUAAAUAGAUUGGCGCCGACCUUCUUACCUCUUUAGAUCAUCUUAAGGAUCUAAGGAUACGUUACUUUUAAACAUGUAGUGGCCGGUGGUGGCAGCUAUACUGGUUAAAUGUUCUUCUAGGACAAGAAUUCCCAAAGUUUUUCACUUCACGGAAACUUUGGGAAAUUUCUUUAAUUUCUUCUUAUAUCUUGAAUUCCAUUAACUCUAUUACGAGCCCUAGGUAUUGAAAUUGCGCUACUCCUAAUGAAUUUGACACAAACUAGAUAUGUAAGUGACAUUUUUAGUUUCGCGCGAUUAAAGAUCAUGUUUUUGAAUUACAAUUUUUGUGUUUGAAGUGACGCCAUUAAAAUUUGUGGCAUUCUACGUAUCGGGAAUGGAAUAGACGAUGCGAGUUGUUCACAUUGAAUAUCACUUAUGGAAUUAGCAAAGGUUUAGAAGUUAUCCUUAUGGAAUUAGCGAAGGUUUCGAAGUUAAUCAUAAGUGUUGAAAAAUCUCAUCCCCUUAAAGCCUCUCUUCGAAACGAGUCGUAUUCUGGUCAUUUUAAAAGUUCACCUAGUUGUAAAACCCAAAAUAUAUAAGACCUAUUGAUCAGUGAUCACUAACACGUUUCAAUACUAUCAUCCACUAUUUAUUUACUUCAAGAGAGGGCGAGAGAGAGAGGAUUACUUACAUUAUUCUAUCAGUUUUUAAGGACAUCAUACUGAUAUACAAGAUCUUAUCGUAAUUCUAAGGUCAUUUAUCGAAGGCAGCUAUAUUCAUAUUCUUUUGAACGUUCACUUCCUUGUAAAACCUCAAAAUAGAUAAGUCUUAUGGAUCACUGUUCCACUAAUAUACUAACUUUACCACUAAGAGGCUUCAAAUAAAUCAUACGUGUGGACGAAUGAAGGUAUUCUUAAACCAUUAAGUCUGAUCAUUCAUAGAAAGCUUUACAGUGUCUCAAAUUAUCGACUCUCUAGGAUCUUACAGGGAGUUAGAGACUUUAAUCUAACAGUUUUUAAGGGAAUCAUUGUGAUAUUUCGGGCAGAGUUUGCAAAAUUUUCCUUUCUUAAGAGUAUAAUGGUAAACCAAUGACCUAUUUGGUACAAUCUUAAAAGCAUUUCCUGAUUGAAAUACUAAUCUAACACUAAAUUCCAAGGAUUAAAAGUUUAAAGGUCUUUAAAGCUUAAUUUCAAUAGACGUUUAUAGUAUUUUUUAAUGGAUUAUGGGCUAGUCUUAUGACGUUGCUAUGGUCUAGUAUAUUAAUUAGUCUAUGAAUUUGACUUUGGGCUAUACUAUGGACUAGUCCAUUAUGUAUUCUAUAGACUAGACUUUUGUGUAGUCGGUACAAUAAUCUAUUGUCUAGAGACUAGUUUUUGAAUUAGUCUUUGAGCUACUAUAUGGACUAGUCUAUUAUCCAGCCUAUAGCAUAGUAUAUUAUCUAGCCUAUAGCCUAGUCUAUUGUCUGUUCUAUAGACUAGUCUCUUAUCUAGUCUAUAGACUAAUCGAAUGUCUAGGCUUUAUACUAAUCUUUUCUCUAGUCUACUAGAAUAGUUUUUUCCCUAGUCUAUAGACUAGUCUUCCCUCAAGUCUUGAAAAUUCUUUUAAUUUAGGGUAUUAUCGUGAUUAUUGAGUAGUAACUAGAGACCUGCAUCAGAUUGCGCAUUUCAAUAUUGAAUAUUUUUUAAGUGCUCUGGGAUCUUGCAAGACCUUUAAAAUGUCGAUAAAUUAAUUGUUUCACUCAUUCGGUAAGAUUUCCCAACAAACGUAAGCAGUUACACAGUGCCCCUAAUGUUAGGUGGUUCAUCGAAACAAUAUUUGAUUAUCUGGAACUUUAUAGUGAAAGAGAGAGGGAGAUCAGGACUUAUUUUACUUCUCAUUGUAACAUCAUUUAAGGGAGUAUGAUGAUAUUUAGGAUUUUAUCUUUCUGAUGAUGGAACAAGUAGUAGCCUCUAUCAGAAUUGUUGUCACCAUGUUUAGGGCAAAAACCUUCGAUUCUCUGCAACUAUGGAGAGAAAAAGGGAGAGAAAGGAAGAGAGAGAAAUAUGUCUUAUUUGUAUUCAUCCGCUCCUCUACUAACAGCUUCUAAUGUCACUAACGAUGUUAUCUUAUCCAUUUAGCAAGUAAUGGAUAUCUGACAAUAUCCAAAGAAUCAUUUCUGAGUUGAAGAACUCAUUAUCUUUUAAGGCCGAUCAGGCCUAUAACUAUUGUUUAGCAUGGCUUUUCGUUCGCUUUAGAGUAAUGCCUUACUUUGUGUAACUGUUUGAAGUUUGUAUUCGUACUUGUAAUCGGUUUACCUUGUUUUACUGGUGGAGAUCAUAAACAAAUCUAACAUUAUAAUGAGGUGGAGUCCAAAUACUACUUUUGGAGACAUACUCCGUUUAGGAUUACAAUUUCGUAUAAAAAAGUAUAGGUCUAUUGGUUGAGUCUCUCGGAACCAAUGUAGUAUAACCUGUUUCAGUGUCAAAAGCUCUAAUAAACUUAAGAGUCGCAAAAAACGUUCUAAAGAAGAGUUGUACUAGAAGAAUAGAUCUUAUUGCUGGCAGGUCACAUCAUAAAAAGAAAAAUAGACUAUUUUAGAGUCAUGAAAAUGGAAGUUAGAUCUUAAUCCGUUUCAUUAGUUUAAAGAAACUUUUCCAGCCAUUAUACCUUCUGUUAAUGUUACAAAACGUUUAAGUGAUUACGAGUAAGAGCUGGAUCAUUACAUCGGGUGAGGACUUCAGAUUCAGGUGCUUCAAGAUAUAUGUAAUUCUCCGAUUGAUCUGGUUUACAUUAUGUUACUUACCAUCACUUAAACUAGGGCGGCAGUGUUUUAGAAAGUACUAUGCUAGCUAGAUGUGAUAUUGGAUCAAUUUUUAUAGGUUAUGACUCAAAGUUUUUUAAAAAUAUGCAAAAUAAUCAAAAUAUUAAGAAAAUCAAAACAAUAACUAUUUAACUAUCCCUGGCUGUAGAACAAAUGUGUUUUAUCUAAAAUUCUUCAAAAUAAUUCAAAAAGAAAGGGAGGACUCAGGUUUUACAACAAAUUUAAAGAAAAAUAAUUAUAAAAAACAACUAUUUUAAGUAGUUAAAUAGUUACAAACGUAAAAAAAGUUUACAUUUAAACAUUUAUAACAAAUUAUUAAAAAAAAAAAAUAAAAAUUAAA